AGAAAAUUUUUUUAAAAAAAUAUCCCUUUAGAGUACAGUAACUCCCUAUUUUAGCAGCCAAUAGUCCCCUUCUCACCACAUUCCAAGCCAACAUAAUCAGAAUUAAGUCUUCUUCUCUUACAAAACUUCUCUCAAGCAUUUCAUCAGACAGUUUUCUCCUGCAUUGAUUGAUUACAAAAAUGCGAUCUUUUUUCCGUCUUGUUGAUCACGAUCAGGUUUUUCUACAGCGCAGAUGUAUACUAGUUAACGGACCAGUGAUCGUCGGAGCUGGGCCGUCCGGUCUAGCCACCGCUGCCUGCCUCAGGGAACAAGGAGUGCCCUUUGUUGUCCUUGAAAGGUCUGAAUGCGUAGCUUCAUUGUGGCAGAAACGCACCUACGAUAGGCUGAAGCUUCACCUUCCCAAACAAUUCUGCCAACUCCCGAAGCUACCCUUCCCUGAGGACUACCCGGAGUACCCAACAAAGAGACAAUUCAUCGAGUAUCUUGAAUCAUACGCCAGGCAUUUCGAGAUCAACCCCCGAUUCAACGAGUGCGUGCAAUGCGCUAGAUAUGAUGAAACCAGCGGAUUCUGGAGGGUCAAGACCAUUUCUAACAGCAACUCUACCAAGACCGAGGUCGAGUACAUUUGCCGAUGGCUGGUGGUGGCCACAGGCGAAAAUGCAGAGUGUGUGAUGCCUGAGAUCAGUGGACUGAAUGAAUUUGGCGGCGAAGUUUUACAUGCUUGUGACUAUAAGUCCGGCCAGAAGUUUAGGGGAAAGAAAGUGCUGGUUGUUGGGUGCGGUAACUCCGGCAUGGAACUUUCUCUUGACCUCUGCAACCAUAAUGCUCAGCCAUCAAUGGUUGUUCGCAGCUCGGUUCAUGUCCUUCCCAGAGAAAUUCUCGGAAAAUCAACAUUUGAAUUGGCCGUUUUGAUGAUGAAAUGGCUACCUCUUUGGCUCGUUGACAAGCUCCUCCUGUUUCUGGCAUGGUUGGUGCUUGGAAACAUUGAGAAAUAUGGGCUAGAACGGCCAUCAGUGGGUCCCCUGGAACUCAAGAACACAGAAGGAAAGACCCCUGUUUUGGACAUUGGUGCUCUGGAGAAAAUCAGAUCCGGUGACAUCAACGUUGUUCCCGGAAUCAAACGAUUCUACCCCGGCCAAGUCGAGCUCGUCAACGGCGAAAUUCUGGACAUUGAUGCCGUUCUUUUGGCCACCGGGUACCACAGCAAUGUCCCCUAUUGGCUUCAGGAAGGUGAACUCUUCUCCAAGAAUGGAUUCCCUAAAGCCCCAUUCCCCCAUGGAUGGAAAGGAAAUGCUGGACUUUACGCAGUUGGGUUCACAAGGAGAGGGCUCUCUGGUGCAUCCUUAGACGCUAUGAGAAUUGCUCAGGACAUCGGCAAGGUCUGGAAACAAGAAACAAAGGCUCAGAAAAAGCAAAUCACCGCUUGCCACAGACGGUGCAUUUCACAGCAAUUUUGAUUACCGGAAAAUUAACCUGACCAAAUUCAAAAUCACAUUGCCGUCGUCUUAGUCAGCAUCAGCUUCAUGGUGUAAAACAUAAAGUAUAUACACAACACGCGGGAAUACAACAGAAGAUAACACAGGAACAGAUCGAGCCCUCUCCAAAGAAGGCCCAAUUAUUAUUUUUUUUUUUUUACUUUUUUUUGGGCAUUUUGUGCACUGAGGAUGACGAGGCUUUUUUAUUUUUUUAUUUUUUCUCUUCACAUAUUGUUUUGUUUGUUUGUACCAUAAAUUGAUUCAAUGGAC